CCUUGGGCCACGGCAGGCAAGGGGCAGCAACAGGCGAGUCAACUCCAGGCCACCCCGCGCGCAAUUCGUCACUCGAUUGCGCCGUUUCCCCUUUCAAACCGCCGCUAACUCGUCGCUCCGAGGCCACUAAAAGCCAUGGCGAGGAGCUCCUCACGCUCGCGGUCUCGCAGCCGCAGUCCCCAGCAGGCGCAGCAGGACGCGGACGCCACCACGAGCUUCGACCAGCUGCAGGCGCUGCGCAACGUGCAGCUCAUCGAGCGCAACGAGUACCCGCUCAGGCACCUGGCGCGCGACAAGGUGCGGCGCCGCGCGCGCGCCAGCCGCCAGGACGACGACGACGACGACGAUGACGACGGCGCGCUGUGCUUCUGCACGUUCCCGGACGCCGUCGAGCGCGAGGACGCGCGGCGCAGCGAGGAGCUCGUGCGCCGCUGCGACGACGUGUCGUGCCUCAACUUCGCCACGUACGUCGAGUGCUCGCCGUCCUGCGCGGCCGGCCAGUACUGCCGCAACCAGCGGCUGCAGCACCCGGAGCGGUACCCGCAGCUGGAGCCGUUCAAGACGGAGCACAAGGGCUACGGCGUGCGCACGCGGCAGCACAUCGGCCAGCUGAGCAUCGUGGGCGAGUACGUGGGCGAGAUCAUCGACCAGAAGGAGCUGGCCAGGCGCCUCAAGAGCGUGCCGCGGCACGAGCUCAACUUCUAUUACUUGCUAUUGGCCCCGGGGGUCUACAUUGACGCGCGCAAUAAGGGGAGCUUCACGCGGUUCGUGAACCACAGCUGCGAGCCCAAUUGCAAGACGGAGAAGUGGACGGUGAAGGGCGAGACGAGGAUCGCGGUGAUUGCGUUGAGGGACAUUGAAGUGGGCGAGGAGCUGACGUUCGAUUACCAGUGGAAGGCGCUCGGGUCGAGGCAGAUCAAGUGUUACUGCGGCGCGCCGAGCUGCAAGGGGGUCAUUGGCACGCAGAACGACGCGCUCAAGGACGCGGAGGCCCAGACGGGAUACUUCCGCGACCCGGAGAAGGAGGACACAGGUCGGGCGUUGGUGGGGAAGCGCGUGCGGGUUUUCUUGUCGCCCGACGACAAGACGGAGUACGAUGUGCAGUUGAUUAAGGCGUAUGACGAGGAACAGGACAGGUACGAGGUGGAGGACUUGCUGGAGCCUGCAGGGUACGAGACGGAUGAAAAUGAUACCGAGGAGGAGCAGGAACCGGGUGAGAAGCAGUAUGUGCAGCUGAAGGAGAACGGGUGGCAGCUCUUCUGUCCCCCGGGGGAGAAGGAGGGCGAUGUAGUGUUCGCUAUCCCGAAAAAACGCCACUUGCCGACCUCGUCGGGCAUGUCGAGUGCCGCCGGGAGCCGAGAGCCGUCGCCCAAGCGGGAAGUAAUGUCGCAGUCGCCUGCCGGUACACCGCCUCCUGUGGCGAUGGCCAAGUUGGAGAGCAGCUUCAGUACGGUCAAGAAGAACCAGUACGGGGAGCUGCUCGACCGCGACGGCAAAAUUAUAUCCAAAACGUUGCUGAUCAAGUUCUUGCCGAAGGCGUAUGACGCGCGUGCGCUGCGCAGCUUGUUUCUCAGCCGAAAGCACCCGAACGCACUGGUAGAUGCGGAUGUAUUUCACUUUUUAGACGGUACGGGCUGGGCGCUUGUGGAAUUGGAAAGCAACGAGUUGGCGGCUUCAUUUCGCAAGACUUUGGACCGCCGUAAUUUGCUAGACAAAAUGUUACGAGUGUACCAAGCAGGUGCAAAGGAACUGGAAAAUUUCCGUUACCAGAAGAACAAAGUGCAGAUGAUGCGGCAACAUGCAAACACUGACAAGAGCAACUCAUCGCCGUCCGAAGAGAAGGAGAACGCGCAGGUUCCGGAGCGUAAAGAUCCAUAUUGCUUUGGACGGAAGCUCAACUGGCUCGUUACUGAAGAAGAACUGAAGAAUUUAUCGGUCCAGCAAGUCCUCUCUGCAUCGCUGGAGGAAACUUUGCGGGUGAAGUAUGUGAAGAGUAUUUUCCACAUCGCCAAGGGACUGCGUCUUGACCGGGAGGAUGCCACGAGUGCCAUCAUCGCGCUAAACAGGUUUUUCACGUUUCACGCUAUGCCCAUGGAGGUGGAUAUCUACGCUGCGACGAUGUUGCACUUAUUCUUGAAGGCUCACGCCCGAAAAGUGCCGUGGACGGCCUUUGUGAAGGAAGUAUACAAAGCGAAGCACGGCGCGGCAGCCGCUGAACGUCUCACGGCUGCCUCACCAGAACUCGGAGUCCUGAAGCGCCACCUCGUCAAGGCAGAAGGUGAACUACUGGAAGGUUUACACUAUGACGUAACUGGUGAAGACCCCUACGCGUUGCUUGACCUCCUCACAACUCGCAAGAGCUCGAAGAAACUAAUCUCACUGUCUCAGAACGGUUUUACUCAACAAGUAACUCCGUUUCUCUCCUCGCUGCCUCCGCCGGAGGUGCAGAAAGAAGCGAAGCAUUUGGUCGCGGAGGCUCUUCCAUUGCCUAUUUGGACGCAUACUCCGGUGGAAUGCGUUAUGCUCAGCGUUGUGUACGUGAGCGCUGCUGUUACAGAGGCGCUGAAUCCUAGCUCAGCCUCUCCUAUUGCCAGAAUGCCCGAUUUUUUGCCGCAGCUGGACUUGCAAGCGAACGCUGCUGAGGCACGAAUGCUGCUGGAGUGCUCCUUGUCGAUCUGCACUCAGCUGAAAGAUCGAUGGCUGCGCCUGGAGAAGCAGUCAAAGGCAUCACAGCAGCAAAAGCAAACGAAGGAUUCCGACUCCAGUGAAUUCGAUAUGGAGCAGUUUGCUGUCUCCAAAGACAAGAAAGAUGUGGAGAUUUCUGAGCGGAUAGCUCGGCUUUUGAAGCUUUGGAUUAACGUACCUGCUACCCCGAUGAUUCCAUCGGUUCUAAGUGUAACACCCGCUGCACCACCGGUACCGACGGGAAUGAGGAGCUUUGCGCCAACAAUUCCUACACAGAAUGGAGUGAAGAACUUCAUCACGUUCAAGGCAAUGGGCAGCUCAGUUCCAGUGCCUAGCUCUUCUACCGGUCAAAAUUAUGAAGCGGAGAGUGUCAUCUCGGCGUUGUCUAUUUUCCCGAAUAAGUCUGCAGCUAGCGACACGAUUGUCGGCGAUACGCGCUUGCACACGGAUGAGAUUGUCAAGGUCGAGUCUAUCCGGAAACGAGCCUUCUUAGGCGUCAUCUCUAGUGAGGUGAACUUGGAUUUGGCCGGACAACCCGUGUACCUACAGUCGUGGCCAUACCUUGAACAGGAGGUGUUUUUCACUGAAGAGAGGGGCAUCAACGAGGCGUGUCUACGUGAGCUGUCGGCUGCAACAACUCUCUCCUCGCUCUUACCCGACCGAUUUAUGAAGCUCUAUGGAAUUAUCUUCCCUGCUGAUAGGAAGGACCGUCAGACAAACGACUCGGGAGCUGCUGGCAGCAAGUCAUCAUCUACGGCGGUCGACGCCGAUGAACUUGAUCUGCUCGCAGCAACUAUUGAUGACGAUGGCAACCCGCUUCCUGAAGGAAUGGACCGGUUGACACGGCAGAAGCACUACUUGGCUUUCGAGCAGCCGCUUCACAUGUUCUCGGGAAUUUUUGAAGCCCACCUUUCACUUACACCGGAGCUGCGCAAGAAGGCCAUCUUCGAUAUGCUUCAGAGUCUUUCUGCUGUUCACGACCAAGGUUACGUCCACCGCUUCGUUGCUCCCUCACAUCUCUUGGUGUUCAAGAACGGCAUCAAGCUCGGUGGCUUCCAUGCGAUGCGGAAGAUCGCCAAUAUCAAGCCAAAGGACGGCGAAGGAUCUUCCACUGCUGCGUACGAGAUGACGGAUGGAGAACGCAAAGAGCACUGCUAUGGCGCUUGGCUGUAUGUCACUGCUCCGGAAGUGUUGCUUGGUGAGAUCAAGUACACGUGGCGAGCGGAUGUGUGGUCGGCAGGUUGUGUCGCCCUUGCUAUUCUUCUCGAGAAGGUUCCGUUCCUCCAAGGACCCGACAUCAAGGUGCAGCUGGAUCUGAUUUACCGACUCUGUGGCACUCCUAGUUCGUCGUGGGAAGGCGCGCACAAGCUCCCUCUGUACAACACAUUUCGACCCAAGAACGAGUACAAGAUGCGUCUCCGUAAAACGCUCCUAGAGCAGCGCUCCAAGUUCCCCGACUUCCCUGAGGAUGCUGUGGAGGUGCUGGAGGCCAUGCUUCAGCUGGACCCGUCAAGGCGCUACACUGUGAAGAAGCUGCUCGAGAUGCGGUACUUUGACAGCGUUCGCAGCAGCGAGCGGACGUUCGACUUCAGUGGGCUUCCAUCAACCUUCCCAGUGCAGAAGAAGAAGCUCGUGCAGCACUUGCUCAAGUCGAAGGCCAAGAAACACCGAAGUGUUGGUAGCAGCAGCCGAAGCAGCGGCUCGGGGCGACCGUCACACCACCACUCCUCACACAGGCAUAGCAGUGAUCACCAUCGCCACAAGCGGUCGGCGUCCUCGGCUCACGAUGGAUCAUCCUCAGGCGGCGACAAGUCAAGCCAUCACGACCGGCACAGGUCCAGGAGUGACAAGCGGAAGUCCAGAUCUUUGUCUACUUCGCGACGAGAGUUGAAACACCCGGCGGAGGACGUAGAAAUGCAUGAUGCCAGUGAGUACGUCCCGCUGCCGGCGAGCUUCACCGCCUCCGCCGGGUCUUCUCCUUCACAGCCGAUGGUUGAUACCGACGACAGCUUGCCUCGACGUGAGAAGCGCGUGAAGCUGGGCUGGGGCAUGGGUUUGAACUCGGAAUCAUAG